UUCUGAAAAAGGAUCAGACUUAGUCCCACCCCCUUCCAUCCCCAGCGUAUAAAUAGGAGCGAGCAUCGUCUCACUCGGCACUCAAAUCUGAAGGAUGAGGUCCUUAAAGCACCUGAAGCCUCACAGCAGGAGGAGUGUGGAGGAGGCGAGCCGGCGCCUGGGUAGAUGUGAGCCCAAGGUAAUGGCCCGGCUGGUGGACACAGGCACACAAACAGAUCCAGUCGUCGUGCUGUCCUUGGCCCAGGCCGCCGUGCUAGGUCUCAUCUCCCAGAAUGAAGUCUUCGGCGCGACCAUUGCACCCAACGGCUUCUACACGGGUGAACCCAAAGAGUCGCCCGCACCGCCAGUAGACGGAGUGGACUACGAGUACGCGGACCAGCUUAUCGGCGCCAACGGAGAUUACCUCGGGGACAACUUAGCGGAAGACGGACAGAUGCAACCGAGCUGCAGUCAGAGGAGGUGGCAGCAGGGGCCCCCUCAGCACCCCGAUGUGAAGAUGGUGUUGCCCGAUCGCCAUGUCCCUCAAGGGGGCGAGGGGACGGUGUGCCACAUCAAAGGGGAAGGGGUGAACUCUGUCAUGAGCUCCUGUGUCCACAUGCUCAACAAUAUGGCUCCCAGAGGGGGUUUAAUUCAAGUGGACCCGGCCACCCUCAGAGGGACCAACAAGAACUGUGCAGAGUGUGAGCGGGAGGCCUCCAACCAACAACAAGCCCCCACACAUGUCCAUCCUCCUCCCCCGCAGGUGGCCCAUAGAGGAGGGGAGCACAGAGGGCUGCAGGGCCAGCGCCCCCUGGGGGGUCACGGUCGAGGCGUCCGUGAGGGUGCGGAGGAAGUCGAUCACCAGGGGAACAACAUGAUGAAGCCCAGCCAACAAGACGAAGCCAUCAGCAGCUACUUCCAAACCAGCGAAGUAGGCAGCUACGAUUCGGGGGAAAUGCCAAUGGGCGGCGAGUACGAAGACGGCAACCAGAACAUGAUGUGGACAGAUGGGAAUGGGGGUGGGCAGCACCAGCAGCAGCAGCCUCAGCCGCCACCGCCGCAACCCCCGAGAAGACACGGCGGCCGCAGGGUGGACCGACUGGACAUCAACAUCCAAAUUGACGAGUCUUACUGCGUGGACGUGGGCGACGGUCUGAAGCGCUGGAAGUGCCGCAUGUGCGACAAGUCUUACACGUCCAAGUACAACCUGGUCACGCACAUCUUGGGCCACAACGGGAUCAAACCACACGCGUGCCCCCACUGCGGCAAGCUCUUCAAGCAGCCCAGUCAUCUCCAAACCCACCUGUUGACCCACCAGGGCACCAGGCCUCAUAAGUGCACCGUGUGCAAGAAGGGUUUCACGCAGACCAGCCACCUGAAGCGCCACAUGCUCCAGCACACGGACGUCAAGCCCUACAGCUGCCGCUUCUGCCGCCGUGGCUUCGCAUACCCGAGCGAGCUGAGGGCGCACGAGGUCAAGCACGAGCGUGGCCGCUGCCACGUGUGCUCGCAGUGCGGCCUGGAGUUCCCCACCUACGCCCACCUCAAGCGCCACCAGGCCAGCCACCAGGGGCCUCACACCUUCCAGUGCACCGAGUGCAACAAGUCCUUCGCCUACCGCAGUCAGCUCCAGAACCACCUGCUGAAGCAUCAGAGCCCCAGACCGUACACGUGUUCUCAGUGCGGAUUGGAGUUUGUGCAACUGCACCACCUACGCCAGCACUCGCUAACACACAAGGGCAUGAAAGGCCACAAGUGUGAAGUGUGCUCGCGUGAGUUCACACUGUCCGCCAACCUCAAGAGGCACAUGCUCAUCCACAACAGCGUGCGGCCCUUCCAGUGUCAUGUCUGCUUCAAGAGCUUCAUCCAGAAACAGACGCUCAAGACCCACAUGAUCGUCCACCUGCCCGUCAAGCCCUUCAAAUGCAAGGUGUGUGGCAAAUCUUUCAACAGAAUGUACAACCUGCUGGGCCACAUGCAUCUGCACGCUGGCAGUAAGCCCUUCAAGUGUCCCUACUGUACCAGCAAGUUCAACCUGAAGGGCAACCUCAGCAGGCACAUGAAGGUCAAACACGGGAUGGACGUGUCCCCUGAAGGACAAGAGGUGCUUCCAGAAAUGGAGAACCAGGGGGAGUAUGAAAGCCAGAACUUUGGCUUCACGUCGCCCGACAACAUGGACAAUAGCGGCUCCCAGAACCUCACCAAGCUGACCACGGCCAACAUGGAGGACAUGGAGGAGUAUUACAACUUUGGCAAGGACGCCAGCGCCUAUGCCACGCCCUGAGUCAGCUAGCUGUCCACCCUGCUGGGAAUUGAACAAGCGGACUAGAAAGAGUGACUUGACUCUUGACGGGAAGGAGAAGCACUCGGUGCGGACUGUCAAAGCUGUGUGUUUGUACGCGUGGAUCCAUAACAAAACAACGGGAAAAGGCCAUGUUGUGAUUUCCUGUCAAUCACAAGCGUAUAUUUUUGGACUGACAAGGUCAGCUAGGCUGUGUAGUCACGACAGUAUAUACACACACAAACCAUGGUUAGUACAUAGUCACUACUUACAUACAGUAUUCUUUAGCUCUCAGUGCACUUACUGAACAUAACUUUAUUGACAAUGAGAUCCCUACAAAACAUGUCAGUUUAGCCUCACAUUAAUAUUCUAACCUGUGUCUUUGCUAUACUUUUUUUUUUUUUUUUACUUUUGAGAGUUAUUGAGAACGUGAAGUGAGCUUUCGUUGAGGAAGGUUUCUUUUUUUUUCCUUUUUAAGGAAGCUGGAGGAAAACCAGACUGUAAAAAGUUAAUUUCCUUUUCCGUAAGGUCGGACAAUUUGAGGAGCAUUUUUUCUUCUUUAGUGCUUGUUUGGAGUUUCAGCAGUCUUGUUUUUUUUCACUUCACUUUCAGUUCAACUGGAAAAUAUAUUCCUAAUGUACAUUCUGUAUAUGUUUAAAAAAAAAAAAAGAAUAGUGAAUUGAAAGUGAAGUGAAGAGGAUGGUCCUGCCUGCUCCUCAUGAUUCUGUUUUGGGGAAGUGGACUCCCCCUGUCCUGCCAUGCAGGUCAGUCAGCUUUUUUGAUAUACACACUAAGUAAAAGCAAAAGAAUGGUUGACUAGUUGAGCCAUUACCAGACUAAAACGUCAUGGAAAUUGACCAUGGAUUAUUUAAUAAUAAAGACAAAAAAUUCUAGUUUAAAUGAAAAAUUCAAGUGGCUUGUCUGUAAUGUCAUUUUCAUUUUGCCAUGGCAUUAUUAUUAUUAUUAUUUUUACUAACAAGAAAAAAAAUGCUUACUUUUCUUGAUGCAUAUUUCCUCCUCUGUGAAAUGAGUCCUCUAAGACUUUAAAUAAGGUCAUCCAUUUGAAGGCUGUGCUGAUGCCUUGUUAACCUUUAGAAGGGGCACAUUCAAGAACACUACACACACUGAAAUCACUUCAUUUGUUGGCUCAAAUGUGUUUUUAAAAACAUGUAUGGUCGUUUUUAAAAGAGACACACCUUUGUGUGGGAAUUUUGACAUUCACUCUUCACUUAAAAUUAUGUUUUCAUUUUUAUUGCUCCUUUCGGUGUCUCCCUAAUACUGACAAAAGUACAUUUUCACAGAUGCGUCAAUGAUGUGAGGAGAAACGGUGGUGAUGCUAGCAUUAUGUUGCACAGCUGCUGCUGCUGCUGCUUAAUUAGUAGCUUCUUAUAUAACAUGACAUAGUGUGGAAAGCCAUAAUGAAUUAACUGGUGGGUAAAUUCUGGUCAGCUGUCAUGCUAACACUGGACUCAACAUUAGAUAAUUAAUUACCAAUCAAUGCUAAACAUUAUCUUUUCAAAGGCAGACUUCUUCAUACUUGUAAUGCAGCACAUUACGAUCAACUUUGAGGGUACUACAACUUAUUUCGGGAUAAUGUCGACACCUGCUGGUAUCGAAGGGUAAGUGCUUCCGGCGGUGAGUUAUUGGCUAAAAGCUGCAUUCUGUGUAACAGCCACAAGGGGGUGACAGAACAAUGGCCACGCACCUGCAAUUAUUUGAAUGAUGAUUAGCUGGCUACCUAGAUUCGCAUCGAAGUUUCUUUAAAUAUUUUCUUUUUUAUAUAUUAAACUAUGUUGGUGUACUAUCGCAGCAAUCCCAAGGCCUGUUCGUCUUCGGUCAACCGGAACAAACAUUUAUUCUUAAAGGAAAACUUGUCAUAAAGUGAAAAUCGUCAUAACACAAGUCAACACUGCUAACUAGUGGUCAUCAAAGCACACAAAUGAAUACUAUUACUUGUAUUACCUUCUCAAUGAUGAACUCCAUAUGACAUAACGCAUAAUCUCGUCUCCCAUUUCUUUCCACCACUGGUUGGUCCUUGAUGCCUUUCUCCAUAAUUAAUCUAAAAGUAAUGUUAGCUUUAGUAUUACGCCAUACUUAACUCCACUAAAAUGGCAGCACGCCUACUAGCUGGUUAGUAGUCCACUACUUCGUUAUUCUGGCAGAGCAAACUUUAAAACACGUGGUGCCAUCCACGUGACCAACACGUACGGCACCGGACCAAUCAGAGAAUACGUUGCUUAAAUGCCCGCCAAUGAUGCAUUCCA